CCAAGUAAUCCACUAUCACUGUUUAAAGUAAACACAGAAGGGAAGACCCCAAAUCACCCAAUACAACACUUUAAACAUUCAAAACCUGAUUUCUGAAACAAGAUCAGAAAACCCUCUGAAAAUGGUUAACACCAACAUCCAAAUGCCUACUGUUAAAACGAUCAUCUCCACGGCUACCUCGGCAGCUGCAGCUGCUAUGCUGAUACGCAGCAUUACUAGAGAUUAUGUACCCAAUGAAUUUCAAUACUACAUUUCCGGUAAAAUCCGGGCUGUUUUUGCUUCUUUCUCCUCAGAGGUAACCAUAGUCAUCAAUGAAGUUGAUGGAAUGGUUAAAAACCAGCUUUUUUAUGCUGCAGAACUCUACCUAGGAACCAAACUAUCCCCUUUAACCCACAGGUUUCGAGCCACCUUGCCUAUCAAAGAGACCAAAAUCCAACUCUCCAUGGAAAACAACCAAGAGGUGAUUGACAUAUUCAAUGGUGUCAAACUCACUUGGAAAAGAGUGGCUCGAAAAGUGGAAACAAAAAGAUCAACCAAUGAGAUUCACUAUUACAAGUUGAGCUUCCAUAAGAAGCACAAAGAAAUGGUGUUCACCACCUAUUUCCAGCACAUCCUAGAACAAGGAAAGGCGCUCAAACAACAGAAAAGGACACCAAAGCUGCACACUUUGGACUCUGACUUCAUGCGUAGGAGUCCAGGGACUGGUUGGCAAUCAGUAAAUCUAGAUCACCCCGCGACUUUUGAAACUCUAGCCAUGGAUAUGGAGAUGAAGAAGAUGAUCAUGGAGGAUUUAGACAGGUUUUUGAGGAGGAAGGAUUUCUACAGAAAGGUCGGGAAGGCAUGGAAACGGGGCUACUUGCUAUUCGGGCCUCCGGGUACAGGAAAGUCUAGUCUGAUUGCAGCCAUGGCUAAUCACCUUAAUUUUGAUAUAUAUGAUUUGGAGCUGACUGAUGUUAGGAAGAACUCUGACCUCAGGAGACUAAUUAUAACAACUGCUAAUAGAUCAAUACUAGUGGUGGAAGAUAUUGACUGCUCUGUCGACUUACAGAACAUGAUGAAGGAACGCAAGAAAAAGUUUCCAGAACAAUUUUUUGAGCAAGGGAACGAGGUGACCCUAUCAGGCUUGCUUAAUUUCAUUGAUGGGUUAUGGUCAAGCUGUGGAGAUGAGAGGAUCAUUGUGUUCACAACAAACCAUAAAGACCGACUGGAUCCAGCUCUCUUGCGACCAGGAAGGAUGGAUGUGCACAUUCACAUGUCCUAUUGCACCCCAUCUGCACUCAGAAUAUUCUCUUCAAAUUACCUUGACAUCACAGAACACCCACUUUUGACGGAAAUUGAACAACUGAUUCAGGAAGCGAAGGUCACUCCUGCAGAGGUAGGGGAGCAACUGAUGAAAACUGAGGACUCAGACGAGGCAUUGAGAAGGCUAAUGGAUUUCAUUGUGGAGAAAAAGAGAAGUGAGGAUAUCAUAAGCACUCAGAAGAUAGAGGUAGCAGAAGAGGAAUGUAAGGAGUUGGAAGAGGAAAAUAUCAGAACUGAGCAAAAGGAGAUCAAGGAAACAACGCAAACACUGUAUUAAGAGUGAUCUGUUGAAGAUAGAACAUAGUGAUAAGGACAUUUUAAUUGCAAUAAUUAUCUUGUGUAUUAGUUUUGUUACUUCAAUAUCAGAUGUGUAUCUUGUUCGUUA